AUGAUUGCCAGUGGCUUCUUUAACUGUAAUGUUGGAGAUCGCGUCAUUUGUAUCUAUUGUAAUUUGAUCUGUCAACAGUGGAUUCACAAAGACGAUCCAAGCGAAGUUCACAAAACUCUUUCUUCAAACUGUUGUUUUGUCAAAUCAAAUCUUGUCUCUACAUUCUCAUCCACGCGCGCCAUUCUCAAUGAGACACUUAAUGUAUCAGCAAAUAUUGAAACUGUUCUUACCCAAGCAUGUAAUCAGCAGUAUAUUGAAAUACAUAAACGGCAAUUAACAUACACAAGUUGGCCUCGAGAUGUACCAUCACCAUCUGUGGAUGAUCUAGUUCGAGCCGGCUUCUUUUAUUCUGGCAAUAAGGCAAUUGUAACAUGCUUUUAUUGUAAUGGAUCAUUACAGAAUUGGGGAGAAAAAGAUAAUCCAAUGAUUGAACAUGCAAGGUGGUUUCCCCACUGUCCAUAUAUUAACCAGUUAUGUGGAGAUGAUUUAUUUCAAAAAAUUCAGCACGCAAAACGUAUUUCACAACAACAAGCUCACACAAAUAGACAACAACAACAAGAAUCCAUGACAAAAUCCAACACUUCCUUAUUAAAUGUUAAUUCAGUUGUUCCACAGAAUUCUACAUGUGUGCAGUUACAAAUAUCAGAUGAGAGUGCAUUGUCAAGGCUUGUUUCUGCUCGACUUGAUUUACCUGUAUCUCAGCGUCUUCUCAACAAGUUUAAAUUAUCGAUUAUUAAACGUGUUUAUGAAGAUCAAUUAAGAUUAAAACUUGAUGAUUUUGAGACUGAUGGAGACAUGCAUAUGGCAUGUGUAAUUCUCCAAAAACAAAUUCAAAUUAUUGAUGGUAAGAAAGAAAACAUUGUUAUACCAUCGCAGAAACUAAGAGAAAUAACGGAGAAAAAUAAACAAGAAGUGAUAAUACCUCAAUCGAAUUUGGCAAUGGAAGAAGAUGAGAAGUAUGGAGUACAAGAAGAAACGUUUGAAAUGGUAACAUCGAUAUCACCAUCUGCGAAUGCGGUUGAAACGGGUAUGCAAUUUUUAGAAGCUAAGAGAAGUAGAAUGACAAAAGAUGAUUUAACUGUUUUUAGAGGAAAAAAUGAAAUCGAAUGUGGCAAACGCCUGAGAAAAGGGGAAAGCGACAAUUGGUCGAACGACACUUGGUCGAAGGACAAUUGGUCGCAGACAACUGGUCGAAGCGACAACUGGGCUCUUCGUGCGACAAUUAGUCGUCUUCAUGCGACAAUUAGUCGCACGGUAGAAUUGGUCGCAUGUAUAACAUUAACUAAACAGGAAUUUUGGUCAAUAUGCUGUCUUAUGGGCUUAUCAAGUAAUCAAAGUAGAUCAGCGUACCGUCAAAGUCGCAAUUAG